GAUGUAAGAUGGCAGCGGUGGAACCAGAAACCACUUCCAAACCUCAGCCUUCAGAAGAGGAGAAAACUGAGCCAGCAGCACCUAGUCAGGAGGUUGCCAGCCCUGAGCAGUAUAUUAAGCAUCCACUACAAAACAGAUGGGCACUCUAGUUUUUUAAAAGUGACAAGAGCAAAACUUGGCAAGCAAAUCUUCGUCUUAUCUCAAGGUUUGAUACUGUCGAAGACUUUUGAGCUUUAUACAACCGUAUCCAGCUCCCUAGUAAUUUAAUGCCUGGUUGUGACUGCUCGCUCUUUAAGGACAGGAUUGAACCCAUGUUGGAAGAUGAAAAGAACAAGCAAGGAGGACGAUGGCUAACUACACUGAGCAAAAAGCAGAGGCGAAGUGACCUCGAUCGCUUCUGGCUAGAGACACCGCUGUGCCUUAUUGGGGAGUCAUUUGGUGGCUACAGUGAUGAUGUAUGUGGGGCUGUUGUUAAUGUUAGAACUAAGGGUGAUGAAAUAGCAAUAUGGACAACUGAAUGUGAAAACAGGGAUGCUGUUACACAUAUAGGGAGAGUAUACAAAGGAAGAUUAGGACUUCCUCCAAAGAUAGUGAUUGGUUAUCAGUCCCAUGCAGACACAGCUACUAAGAGUGGCUCCACCACUAAAAAUAGGUGUGUUGUUUAAGACAUCUUCUGAGUAUUCUUUCAUAGGAGGCUGCGUCAAGCAAUCGAGAUCUGGGAGCUGAACAAAAGCCUCUUCAAAAGCAGAGUGGACUACAUUUAGAUUUCCAUCUAAGUGUUGCUAAGAUUUGUGAGAAGUCUCAUUCGCUUUUGUCUUGUACUUCUGUGUUCCAUCUUUAUCUAUUUUUUUUUCUUUUUUUCUCCUCUAUUUUGGCUGAAGUAACAAUUUCUGAUCAGACCUUGAGUACUCUUCACCCCUCAAUUCAUUAAUGUUCUCCUGGCCCACUCUGUAAUAGGUCGAUAUAAACAUUACUAUUACAAGGAAAAAAUAAUUGUUUAUCCACAGUAUUGAGAAAAGAAGUUUCAUUUCUGUACCUGCAGGAAAUUGCUCUGUUUUACAUUUGCAUUGUAUGCAGUAACAUUUACUGGUUUGGAGAAAGAGUAUGGUGCAUACUGUUUUCUAGCAAUUUUUUUUUGUACAGCAUCACCUUUGCUGUAACUUAUGCUGAUGGCUGCUAGAUUAAUUUAUUUGUUUUCCCUAUUUGAUAACAUUAGU